ACGCCUUCAAACUGGCGGUUCUGAUUGGCCUUUCCUGUAUAGAAGGAGCCAGCAUGUCUAUUUUUUUGAAUACACAGACACGUGUAGCGUAGUUUUCUAUCGUGCUGUGAUCACUGCACGGCUGAUGUCAGAGAGGAAGCCCUGAAGGUGGACCUGCGGUGCGGUGACCAGUGGACAAGGUAGACACACUGAUUUGCACUGUUGCAGAUAUCUCCAGAAGACGGACCUCAGAUCCAGGACCAGUCACUAUCAUUGUGUAGUUUACACAUUUACCCCCUUGUCAAUUUUCUCUGCUGUCUUCCUACAUUUCCAAAGCAUCUCAUGGAAUCAUCCACGAAGGAAGACAGUUUCCGUCGAAGUGUUACUCUGCAUUGAAAGUUUCAAAGACCUUUGAUACGGAUGAUAGUAACAGAAAAAGAACAUGGUCAUACAUUUAUAUCAGGUCCUCCAAAGAAAUACUGGACAGAGCAAUAAUAUCAUGGACACAAAGAUUACACACUGCAGUAUAGAGAUUUGAAUAGGACAGGAAAACACACAGACAGAGGAAAGUGCUGUAAGGAUUGAACCUUCAAGAACUGCAAACACAAGUUGAUGUGAAUGUGAUCAGGAAAUUUCAGACACUGGAUUUGAGAGGCAAUCAUAUGCAGAAAGUCAAUCAGUUAAUUUGAAGAAUAUAGAAGACAUGGACUGCUCCAGGGAAUUAAAUGAUGAUGCACUUGAUUCAUCGUGGGAUCCUCAACACCCAGAUCAUCAGUCAAGUGUCUAAGCUUCACGGGGGACAUAUUUACAAGAUUACUGAGAUUUAUAAAGAUUAUUAAGCUGCAAGAUGUUACGUCGUAGGAGUAUAUUAUCCUUUGCAAAAUGCCUCAUAAGGCGGAAGAAGGUGAAUAUGGAUAACUUGGAGGACACCAAAUUGUGCCGCUGUCUGACCACCAUUGAUCUAAUUGCCCUGGGAGUGGGCAGUACCCUGGGGGCAGGAGUGUAUGUGCUGGCUGGAGAGGUGGCAAAAGGAAAUUCAGGCCCCAGUAUAGUGGUAUCUUUCCUGAUUGCAGCCCUGGCAUCUGUCAUGGCAGGACUUUGUUACGCUGAAUUUGGAGCUCGGGUGCCAAAGACUGGCUCAGCAUACCUCUACAGUUAUGUAACAGUGGGUGAAUUGUGGGCUUUUAUCACAGGAUGGAACUUGAUCCUUUCGUACGUGAUAGGAACCUCAAGUGUAGCAAGAGCAUGGAGUGGCACCUUUGAUGAACUCUUGGGCAAACGCAUUGAGCAUUUCUUUGGAACUUAUUUUAAAAUGAACUCCCCUGGCCUGGCUGAAUACCCUGAUUUUUUUGCAGUGUGUCUUAUCCUAGUCUUGUCAGGUCUUUUAUCUUUUGGAGUAAAGGAAUCUGCUUGGGUCAACAAAAUCUUUACUGCCAUUAAUGUGCUGGUCCUUGUCUUUGUUAUUAUUGCUGGAUUUGUGAAAGGAGAUUCCAUGAACUGGGAUAUAUCUGAAGAAUUCCUUGUGAACAUUACUGCUAUGACAAAAAACACAUCUCUGACAAGUAAUAUCUCAAGUGCCUAUGGCAAGGGUGGCUUUAUGCCUUAUGGUUUUGGGGGAACUCUGGCAGGAGCUGCCACAUGCUUCUAUGCGUUUGUUGGCUUUGACUGCAUCGCAACAACAGGUGAAGAAGUCAAAAGUCCACAGAAAGCUAUUCCAGUUGGAAUUGUGACAUCUCUCCUUGUCUGUUUUUUGGCUUAUUUUGGAGUCUCAGCUGCCCUUACUCUUAUGAUGCCCUAUUACCUGCUUGAUGAGAAGAGCCCUCUCCCUGUUGCAUUUGAGUAUGUUGGUUGGGGUCCUGCAAAAUUUGUGGUGGCUGUUGGAUCCCUUUGUGCAUUGUCAACAAGUCUGCUCGGUUCCAUUUUCCCAAUGCCUCGUGUUAUCUAUGCUAUGGCAGAGGAUGGGGUGCUUUUCAAAGUCUUAGCCAGAGUCAAUCCUAAAACGAAGACCCCAGUUAUCGCUACAUUGACCUCCGGUGUGGUAGCAGCUGUCAUGGCGUUCCUCUUUGACCUGAAGGCCCUUGUUGAUAUGAUGUCCAUUGGGACCCUCCUUGCCUAUUCACUAGUUGCUGUCUGUGUACUUAUUCUCAGAUAUCAGCCAGACAUAAAUUAUGAGAAAGCCAAAAUGAGUGAAGAGAAGGAACAUCUUACAUCAGAUGAAGCGGAAUCUGAAACAAUUGAGUCAGAGUCUCAAGUUCCAAUGCUUAAAGAUGAAGGAUUAAAUCUGCAGAUGAUACUCAACCCUUCCAUGCUGCCAACAGAACAAUCAUCAACAGUUGUCAACAUUUCAGUGUGCCUCAUAGUCGUAGUGAUCUGUGUAGCAAGCACUGUCACCACCUAUAAAGGAAAUGCUGUUCUUGCCAUGGAGCCCUGGAUGAUGGGUCUGCUCGCUGUGUGUGUCGUGAUGUUUGCUGUGUGCUUGCUUAUUGUCUGGAGGCAACCACAGUCAGACCAAAAAGUUUCAUUCAUGGUCCCUCUCCUACCAUUCUUACCUGUGCUUAGUGUAUUUAUUAAUGUUUACCUCAUGGUUCAGCUAAGUGGUGACACAUGGAUACGAUUUUCCAUCUGGAUGUUGGUUGGUUUUUUUAUUUACUUCUGUUAUGGCAUCAGACACAGUAUGGAAGGGAAGCGGGAGCAGGAUCCAGUCAAGAACCCAAGCAAUGCAGCAGAGGAGGAUGGCAAUGCAGAUGAAAACGAUCGCUUCCUCACCCAUGAAAAAACAAGUGAAUUUUAAGCCUCAACAGACAGUUAAAGGCUGGUUUCUAGUCUUGUUCUCUCUAUUAUUGCAACUGGUCCAAACACAUUGUCAGUGUUCAGCUACUUUUUGCAAGUCAUCACUGGAUGUGUUGCUAAUGGUGUCAGAAACUGUGUGAAUCUUCAAGAGCAGUGAAUCUCGGGGGAACACACAUAGGACUACCAAUGAUGGCAAAAUCAGGAUCUUCUCUUCAGUGAAUCAGAUCAGGCUAGUAAAUGUGAGCGUUGAAAUCUGAACAGCUGGCUAAACUGGGAUAACGUACUGAAUUAUUCUCAUUGAAGCCACAGUAAAUGAAAAGUUGAUAGAGUAAUUCAAGCCUGCUGAUGCAAGAAAGAAGAAUUUAUAGACCAAAAGACACCUCUAUCAGGUGCUGAAGUGCUGUUAUUACCCUAUCAAUAAACAUACUGGGUGCAGUGAAUGUGCAUUUCACUUUAACGUUAUUAUUAUUAUUUUGUUGUGUCCUUGUUUUUAUUGUUAUUACAUUAGUAAGAUGAUAAUAUUUGUAUUAACCAAACUGUCUUAACAAAAGCAUUACUAAUUAAUCGCUGCCAAAAUGAUGUAAAGUGUAGAUUUCUAGCAUAAUCUUAUUAUAAUGAUUUCCUUUUUAUCAGUUUUACCUGACUUUUAAUUAUUAUUUUUUUAAUAGUAUCAGUCUAUUGUUAAGCAAAAUUCAGUAAAAUAGCACAAUAUUAAAACUGCUUUACUGGUAACA